UCUCUGGUCGGCCUAACUAGGUCACGGUCACCUUGCUGUCUCUAUUCAUCUCCGUUCUUGUACAGCUUUUCUUUGCACCGAUCUCCAGUUUGUCGGUUGUCACUGCAACUCGUCUCCUUCACUCCGGGAGUUGCCAGUGAACGUUUGGUUCAUUUUCCUAUCACUGGUACACAAGUUUGUCGGUUGUCACUGCAACUCGUCUCCUUCACUCCGGGAGUUGCCAGUGAACGUUUGGUUCGUUUUCCUAUCACUGGUACACUAGCUUGUUCCCAGGCAUCAUGGCGUCCGCACUGCCAGUGGUCAUCGGAGUGGACAUCGGCGGCACCAACACGGACGUCGUCCUCAUCUGCCACAGGGAGGGGCGGCACCAGGUCUUGUCCGAGGUGAAAGAACUGACCAGCAGUGACGUCACCACAGGUGUGCAGAAAGCGGUGCUGAGGGCCCUGCUGCAAGCGAAGGACAACGGUCAUGUCGUGAGCCCGAUCCAGGUCAACAUAGGUACUACUCACUUUGUGAACGCCGUCGUGCAAGGAAAAGACCUGGCCAAAGUGGCUGUUAUCCGGAUCUGUGGGCCCGUGUCCGAGGAGCUCCUGCCUUUCUGCGACUUUCCAUCAGGCUUAGCAAACAUAAUCCGGGGUUCUGUCCAUCUCGUGCGGGGAGGGUUCCGGUAUGAUGGGAAAGAACACGAGCCAAUGGACGAGGCUCAGCUCCGUGACGUCAUUGAAGGCGUUAGAAAACAGGGCAUUAGAAACAUUGCUUACAUUGGAAUCUUUUCCCCCACUCGCCCGGAUCAGGAAGUGAGAGCAAGGGAGAUCACCCUCGAGGUUUUCCCGGAAGCCAGUGUGUCUUUGUCUCACGAAAUUGGCCAUAUCGGGAUUCUGGAGAGGGAGAAUGCGGCGAUUCUCAACGAGUGUUUGAAACCUUUGUGUAAGAAAACUGUCAGCGGGUUUCAGUCAGCUUUAGAGGAGAUUGGAGUCACGUGCCCAUUUUUUCUCACUCAAAAUGACGGGACGAUCAUCAGCAGCGAGGGCGUCCUAGAGCUCCCAGUGCUCACUUUUGCCUCAGGCCCCACCAAUAGCAUGCGUGGCGCGACCUUUCUUUCCGAGCUUCGAGACGCCAUUGUCGUAGACAUAGGCGGCACCACCACUGAUGUGGGCGUGUUGAAGAACGGAUUCCCGCGAAAAGCGUCCACGCACGUAAAAGUGGGCGGAGUCCGGACCAACUUCCGGAUGCCUGACGUAGUGAGCAUCGGAUUGGGCGGUGGAUCCUACGUGAAGGAGAAAAGAAAUGAGAAGGGGGAACUAGAGGGCGUGACGGUGGGCCCUCGCAGUGCGGGUUUGAACCUCAUGAAAGAGGCUCUUGUUUUUGGGAACGGACUCGACUCGGAGACACGGUCGCUCACGACAACGGACAUCGCUGUCGCUGCUGGGCUCUAUAUUCUCGGGGACGCAAAGAGGGUGGGAGGGCUUGAUGAGGCGUUGGUGAGGAAAUCUGUGGAGGAGGUCCACUCACUGGUGGAGGAAUUGGUGGACAAGAUCAAGCUGAGCAAGGAGGAGCUGCCUGUCAUCGUAGUGGGCGGAGGAAGUAUUUUGAUUGACAUGAAGAGGUCUCUGAAGGGAGCCACUGAGCUGAUCGUACCGGAGCAUUUCGGCGUGGCCAACGCUAUUGGGGCAGCGCUGAGCAAAGUCUCAGCGAGCAUAGACACCGUGGUGAACCUGUUAAACAUGGUGGACAGCGCAGAGAUGGAGCGAUGUGUCACCGAGGCUGUCAAUGCAGUCACUGACGAUCCUGAUGGGAAAAAAGCUGACCUGGCCACCAAUGAAGCCAAGAAACCGUUCUUUUCUAAAGCCAGAGACACCGCGAUUGAGGACAUUUACCAGAAAGUCAAGUCUCAGGUCAUAGCAGCAGGAGCCGAGGAAAAAACGGUGGAGAUCCUGGACAAACAGGACUCUGUCCUGUCCUACAUGCCCGGGAACGCUACUCAAAUCAUAGUCAAGGUCGUCGGAGAUCUAGCUGUGUGGGAACGGAAACAGGAGACGGUUCUUCAGCCGUGGGAAGCCCGCGGCGACUCUGAGAAAAUCCUCCUUCAAGAGAGCGUGACAGCGACCAAACAAGUGUACUCCUCCACGGGGCAGAGGAUUGAUCAAGCUAAAGAAGACGGUGGUCGAGAGGAGGGGGGAGAAGAGGACACAGACAGAGACGCUACCAAAUUCCCUCGAGAUCCUUAUAUUGAUCCAGACAGCGGGGAAUGGAUCAUAUCCGAGUGGGAUAUUGAAUGUAUUGUUGUGGGCGCUGGCAUUUAUGGAUGUGGAGGUGGGGCCAGCCCACAUAUGGGCAGACUGCGAGCCCUCAAGUGUAUCCGGAGUGGGAAGCGCAUGCGCGUGGUGACCCCCGAUCGCUUUUUGAAGGAUGCUGACCCAGAAAAUGAUAUCGUGAUCGUGUCGGCUUUCAUCGGAGCGCCCCUGAUCAUGUACGAGCAGGGAGUGUCGUCUGCCGAGACGACAAAAGCGCUGGAGUGUCUGAGAGAUGUCUACGAGGUCGGAGGUUUCAAAGAUGGAGAUUUACAGAACAAGAAAGGUAUAACCGUCGAGACCAACGAAGCCGGAGUAAGGUUCGUCCAGAACUACGCCCCGAGCGACUCUUCCGAACGGUCCCACUACAAAAUCGUGGCCCUCAUGUCGGCAGAAAUCGGGGGCAUGAACGCCAUCGAGCCUUUCCUGAUCGCAGCCAACCUUGACCUUCCUAUCUUGGACGCGGACGGGAUGAGCCGAGCGUUUCCGGAAGUCCAGAUGUUCAUUCCAUAUAUGUACAACAACCCCGCAUAUCCGGUGGGGAUUGUGGGAUCGGGGAACUCCGUAGAAAGAAGCGCGCUUCUGUACACCCCCGCCAAUAAACUGACGGAGAAUUUUCUGCGUGACGUGUCGAUUGCAAAUGGCUGCUCGGCGGGAAUGGCUAUUCCGGUCUCGUCGGCAGACGUGAAGACAAAGACAGCGCUGCACACCGUGAGCAGGGCUUGGAGGCUCGGGGACGCCAUCUUGCGAGCCCGUCUGGAGAAAGAGUCGGUGAUUGAGGCCAUUGUCAGACAGGAGGACGCUAAGCAUAUCAUCACUGGGAAGAUCACGGAUGUACAAAGAGAAACGAGUGGGGGUUUCAACAAAGGUUACCUGACAGUAGAAGGUGUAGAGGAGUGGGACGGUCAAGAGAUACGGCUGGAGUUUCAGAACGAGAAUCUGGUCAUCCUUCCCUUGACCAAUGGGCAGGCUGGUGAAUGCAUGGGAUGUACUCCAGACCUCAUCUCUGUUGUGGAUGCCGACACUGCUGAGCCAGUCCCCACAGAGGAGGUCCGGUACGGCAUGAGAGUAGCCGUGUUGCUGAUGCCGUCACAUCCGCUCUUACGUCACGCAGACGCCCUCAGAUGGGUGGGGCCCAAGGCCUUCCAAUACCCCGACCACAUCCGGUUCCGCCCCUUCCGGCAGAGAGAGGUCACCGUGCCAGUGCCCCCGCUGUGAGGAUGUGUUGUUGUUGUUGUUGUUGAGUGUGUGUGUGUGUGUGUAUGUGUGUGUAGUAGUAGUAGUAGU